AUGGUGGAUGAUCUACCUGAGCCCGUUCAUGCCGGAAACUCAACGAAAGUGAUUAUAGCUCAGGGGGAGUAUGAGGAUCACUUCCACAAGUACAAAUUUGCCCUGAUCGGUCGUAUCAAUUUUCAUUUUAUCUCACUGGAUGACUUUCGCAAAGAAGCCAGGGAGAUUUGGAAAUUGAAAGGAAAGGUGAAGAUGGUGCCGAUGGGAAAAGGUUUCACCAUCUUCCAGUUCGAUUCUGAAGGGGAUAUGGCUCUGAUGUGGAGGCGAAGCCCUGUAAAGGUUGGAAGCCAGUAUGUUCGCUUUCAGCGAUGGCAUCCGGAUUUUAGUAUCCAUGAAAAACAAAUCAACAAGGCCCUAGUUUGGGUGCGGUUUCCUGAUCUGCCAUUAGAAUAUUGGCAUGAGAAGGUUCUAUUGACGAUGACCAAGGCGUCAGGGCGGCCAAUUGCACUUGAUCACUGCACCAAAAAUGUUUUAUAUGGGAACUAUGCCCGAGUCCUUGUUGAGAUGGAGGUGCUCUAUGAGGACUCUCUGGGGCAAUACGACUUCUGCAAAAAGUUGGGGCAUCAAGUGCAUGCAUGCCGUGAAAAGAAGGCUCAUGAUGAGAAGCAGAAUUCUCUGGAAAAGGCGGGCCUUCCUGGAGCGGUGUAUGAAGAAGAUAGAGUCGACUCAGGUAGGGGUGACUCACUGGGUCGAAAUGAUACUUCUAUGGAAAGAUUUGAACAUGAUUUAAUGCCAAAAAAUUCAAAUGUUCAGCAGCAGUUUCAAAAUGCUGAAGGGGGAGGGAUUGAAACCGUGCCUACCACCAUUAGUUCCUCUCGGUUUCCUUCUAUGGAGAGGGGAGAGAUCCUAAUUGAUUUGAUUGCUUCAAAUCACAAUCCUUCCCGCACCAAUUCGGGUAAGCAAAUAUUAUCACAGGAUAAGGAGGCGGGUGGCAUGGAAACCGUUCCAAAGGAGUUGGCGCAGGAAGGAGAGGAAUCCAAUGCGGAUUCUUCGAAUGAUGAUGACUCAGAUUCGACUGAGGAUGAUGUGGAUCGGUAUGGUUCAGAUUUAGGUUCAGAGAUGGAAUCGGACCCAGACCAACUUGAUGCGGUUGAUGGAGGAGAACCAAACCAGACUGGGAUUCACUCUAACGAUGAACCAGCCGUGAUGCCACCUGAGGACGACUGA